AUGCGUUUCACUUUCCUUCUGUUUGUGCUGGCGAUCGCGACUGUCGUGUUUGCGCGCAUUCCCGUAUCGAGCCCUACCUCUGGUGUUGGCGGCCCUAUGCAGCGUCCAUCAGGCAGCAAGUCGAUGGAAGAGCGUCCUUCUGGUAAGGACGACAAGUCCAAAGGCGGCGAGAAGUCCAAAGGCGGCGAGAAGUCCAAGGGCGAGAAGACCAAGACGGAGAAGGGCGGCAAGAAUUCUGCUGGAAAAGGUACUGGUGGCGGUGCUAGCCCUACUGGAGGUGCUGGAGGUGCUGGAGCUGCCGGUGCCUCUGACGGCUCUGGUGAUGCUGGUGCUACUGACGGCUCCGGUGAUGCUAGUGCUACUGGCGGCUCUGGUGAUGGAUCAGAGAGCAUGGGCGCUGCGCCCACCUCUUCUAUGCCGGACGCUGCCACGGGCGUAUCGCCGUCGUUUGCGCUUGCAACUGCGCUGAUUGCCGGUGUCCUUGCGCUUGCUGCGCUUGCCUAA